CUUCAUAUCGUUAUCACCACAGACCGUACGUGAAAGGAGCUCAACAAGCCUGCCCUCAGUGAAACUGACGCCGUGAAUGUGCAGAGAAAAUGCCCGGAAAGUAAGUGUGGAGGACGGCGGGACUGCCCGGGCGCUCGCACUGGUUUCCCUGGAAGUUUUUUCACCGAGAAACCCGAGUCUCCUGCGCCGCAUCAGCAGCAGUGGGUCUCAUGGAGCUGGGAACUCGACACCUAUUGUGCACCAGGGAGCUUGAUCCAUGCCUGGUUCCCAGCAAACAACCGUAAACGGUGGGGACCUAAAUUAUCUCUCAGUUCCUUUUUCCCAUCCCACCCCCUAAAUUGCCCCCAGGGAAAUAUUGUCCAGUGCUGUCUAUAGCCUGCAGUAUGAUUGGCAAGCUGAAACAGAAUUUGCUGGUGGCCUGUCUGGUCAUCAGCUCAAUCACAGUAUUCUACCUGGGCCGCCAUGCCAUGGAGUGCCAUCAUCGCAUCGAGGAGCGCAGCCAGUCAGUUGGAAUCCUGCCUCUGUCAGCACUGGGAGGCAGCUUGAGGACCACCUUACGGACAGGACAGAAUCUCAGCACACCUUUCGUUUACAACAAAGACAUGCCACUUAUCUUCAUCGGUGGUGUGCCGCGAAGUGGAACUACACUGAUGCGAGCAAUGCUGGAUGCCCACCCAGAAGUACGCUGUGGAGAGGAAACCCGUGUCAUCCCACGUAUCCUGGCCAUGAAGCAGAUGUGGAGCCGCUCAGGCCGGGAGAAGAUGCGCCUGGAUGAGGCAGGUGUGACGGAUGAGGUGCUGGACGCUGCCAUGCAGGCUUUUUUGCUGGAAAUCAUCGUCAAACAUGGUGAGCCUGCCAACUUCCUGUGCAACAAGGACCCUUUUUCCCUGAAGUCACUUGCCUACCUGGCCAAAAUCUUUCCCCAUGCCAAGUUUGUACUCAUGAUUCGUGAUGGGCGGGCUUCAGUCCACUCCAUGAUCUCACGGAAGGUGACCAUUGCAGGCUUUGAUCUUGGCAGCUACCGGGACUGCCUGACAAAGUGGAACCGGGCUAUAGAGACCAUGUACACUCAGUGCCUGGAGGCAACUGAUAAAUGCUUACCAGUGCACUAUGAACAGUUGGUCCUCCAUCCUGAAAAAUGGAUGAAGACACUACUUAAAUUCCUUGACAUUCCUUGGAAUGAUGCUGUUCUCCACCAUGAGGAGCUCAUUGGGAAAGCUGGAGGAGUGUCCCUCUCCAAGGUGGAGAGGUCCACAGACCAGGUCAUCAAACCUGUCAACGUGGAGGCCUUGUCCAAGUGGGUGGGGAAAAUCCCAGCAGACGUGGUGAGGGACAUGGCUGUCAUCGCUCCAAUGCUGUCCAGACUGGGCUACGAUCCUCAUGCCAACCCUCCCAACUAUGGUCGGCCUGACGCUAAAGUCCUAGACAACACCAGAAGGGUCUUUAAAGGUGAAUUUCAGCUUCCAGAUUUCCUAAAAGAACAACCACAGAUCCAGAAAUCUGCAGAGAGAUCCAACCCCAGUUAGAGCAGAGGGCGCACGUCAGCUCAACAUGCAGGAAUCGGUGCAGUGCGACAGAAAAUGAUGGACGUCAUCUCAGCCAUCUGUAUCGGGGGGCUUGGCGUAUUUUAAGUCACAUGACCACAGUGGGACAGUAUCAUCCACCAGUAAUCUUCUCCAGUGAACUCUUGGCCUUUUCGAUAAACGACUGUACAAAGGUCCCACAGGUUGUCUCAACCACAGAAUGUCUGCUGAAUGUUAUUUUGGUGUCACAUCACACGUUGAUUCUUAGAAGUGAGCUCUGCCUAUUUAGAAAACGACUUUGUGAUCCUGUUGUAAGAAACUGCCGUGAACUGAAAUCACAAGAAGUAUUUAUGAAUGAAAAGUUAGCUUUUGGAAGAUGCAAUACCUAUUUUAAUGUUUUAAAGUUUUUUUUCUUGCCUUUGUAUUGUGCAAUGUCAUGGGUACUGAUCAGUUUUAAGUAUCAACCGUGAUAAAUAAUGCUUUUUUUAAA